UGUUCCUUUAGGCCAAUUGUAUCUGAAAGAAAUGAACUUCUCAUUCAGUUUUUCUCAGACUUAAGCUUAACUGCAGAUGGAUUUAUUGGUCACUACAAAUUCAGGCCAAAAAAAUUACCUACAACUACAGCACUGCCAAUGACCACCACAGUCACUGUAACUACAGGUUUAAAACCCACCAUGGCCAUGUGUCAACAAAAAUGUAGAUGGGUUGGUACUCUGGAAAGCAAUUACUGUUCAAGCAACUUUGUAUUUGCUGGUACUGUUAUCACAACCAUCACACGGGGUGGAAGCUUGCAUGCCACAAUCUCCCUCAUCAGCAUCUAUAAAGAGGGAAAUCUGGCAAUUCAACAGGCUGGCAAGAACAUGAGUGCCAAGGUCAUUGUGAUCUGCAAGCAGUGCCCUCUCCUCAGAAGAGGUCAAAAUUACAUUAUUAUGGGCCAAGUGGGUGAAGAUGGGAGAGGCAAAAUCAUGCCCAACAGCUUUGUCAUGAUGUUGAAGACCAAGAAUCAGAAGUUCCUGAAUGCCUUGGAAAACAAGCAAUGUUAACAGUGAACUGUGUUCAUUUAAGCUUCAUUCUGAUAUUGACUUUGAAAAAUCUAUUUUUCUCACUAUAAAAACAAUCUUAUGACAUUAAAUAUCGAAUAUUCAGAAAGAUUGACUCUUCACAGAGGUAGGUGUGAUGGAAGUUCCAUGCUUGCAUCAAGAGAAGCAGAUAUUGUAGUGCAGUGACAGGAACCUAAUGGCAUUGAGCGGUGACUGUUGAAAGCAGUUAAUUUGUACAUGCCUGUAAAGGGGUAUUUUAGAAAUGAGUUUUGUGAAGAUGUAAAAGGAGAUUUUUAUAAGUGCAAUAUUUGCUUCAAGAUGUUAUAUUCCUUUCUUGCAUUUUUAAAUCGAUGCUUAAUAAAAUAUUUUUAAAUGAUUA